AUGAUUACUGACCAACUUCCUAUCGGUCCUUUUGCCUUCGCUGCCAUCCAAUCAGAAACCCGCUCCAUGAUGUCCAUCCGCGGUGGACCACCCUUGUCCAAUACCCGGACCAGUCUGCCCCAGAUCCAGUCCAAGUUCGACCUCGAGCCCAAUCCGUUUGAACAGUCCUUCAAGGACAACCCUACUGACCCUGAUCAAAACCCUCAUCAGCCCAAUACCAACUCACCUUCGCUAGACCAUCUUCUCAACGGAUCCCGAUCCCGCAAAUCACGCUCAACCUCCCCACCCCACUUUUCGUCCGAAAACAGGCUCAGCCCCCCCGUCAUCCGCCACACUCCAGGUGGCAGUACCGUCAAAGUAUCUCUUCCAGGUAUCAACUCCAUUGCCUCGCCCGCCAUCCUUGUCCAUCAUACCGGCACGAGCACUCCCAAGUCUCUCAGCCCACCAAGUCUCUCCGCCUCCCAACCCGCUCAAUCCUCCCUAGCUUCGAUGCCGCCCUACAGCUGGAACUUUGGCGGAUUGGGCGACUCCUUGAGGACUGGUCCGCUUUCGCCUGCGCUGCUCAAUGGCCCUGCUCAUGUACGAGCUGAUCACUCGGUCUCUCACACCGGCCUUGCCCCUUUGAUGGAUAUCGAUAAUAAUAAUAAUAAUAAUAAUAACAACAGCAAUGGUAAUGGAACCAUCACCCCUGGUACUCAGGCAUUGAUUGCCAUACUAUCCGGUAACGACCAAAACACAAAUGAUAUCCGAAAUGCGGUUGGUCAACCGUCCUUGUCCUCCAUCGAAGUUGGCCCUACCAAUCCUACAGAUCCUAGUUCUCUCACUCAGCUCAACCACCCCAUUAACCUAGAUCCAUCCAAUCGAUCCACCUCAACCAUCAAGUCUUCGUCUAAUCGCCAGUCGCUUGGCUCCGCUAGCCACAGGUCGGCAGGUCCCACAUUUAGUUCGGUCGAUUCAACUUCUAAAGCAUCAUCAUCGACCCUGCAAGAUGAUUGCCAAUCAUCGACGUCGAUCAACCAUUCGCCGUCUUCAUCCUCCCCCAAAACGCAGGAUCAAAACCAAAUUGUCCAAGUACCAGCUUGUUCCAGAUUGGCCCCCGUUUCAGUGGCUCCAGUCAAUGACUCAAGCACCUCGCCUCCCUCAAGUUCUGCUCAUCCCCAAAGAGAGGCACCUUCAAGUUCUUGCAUUCAAUCGUUCAUGGCUACAUCCGUCGGCCGUGCGGGUGUGACAGGCCUCCAUUCUGUAUCUUCUCUCGGUUUGACGCAAUCCUCGAAUUCUUCCAUCGGUUCAUAUCCCUGCCCUGUCGCAAAUUCAAGGUCACCCUUCCCUCAGCCUCCGAUGCCUCUCACUAUACCCCCAGCUCCACCCCUUCAAUCAGCAGAAAUCGUCACACCCCUAUCCCCCAGCUCGACCUCCAGAAACCCAAUGAAUUCACUUCCGUCAGGAUCGGUUGACCGCAUCAAUGACCAGUACAACACGAAUCCGCUUUAUCUACUGACCGUUGCUCAUGAAGCUUCCUCACGAAUGUCGCAACUGUCCAAUCCUCGAGACUCUCACCAUCACGACUCUAUGGAUGACGCCACGGCUACCGCUGCCGCCGCACUCACAGGCCUCGGAAGCAGCGGUGGCAGUAGGUACUCCUCACCUGGUCCUGCUAUCAAUCAGAACGGAACCAUCAAUUCACAUCUGAUUAACAACAUUCAUCAUACUCAAUCGGCAAUCUUGAAGCAUGCCGAGGUCGGAUCAUCCGCCACAAGUCCCAGGUUAUCCUCCCAACGACUCAGCACAUUGUCCGACUCAUCUUCGCUCCCUCCCGGUGUGAUCCUUUGUCCAGAUAAUGCGGUCAAUCUACUAUCGGCUCAUCAUGACGGCCCUUUUGCAACCGAAGCAGCAGGCGUGCACAAUCUUAAUGGCUUACUACCCCAAGCAGGCUCCUCAGGAGCUGGUUCUGCCUCACACAUGCAAUUCCAACCAAGCUAUUCAAACCACAGCCUAGGUCCGAUUGUUACCAUGAAUAUCCCUAACAGUAAUCCCAACCAGCAAUCCUUUUCGCCUCUCGGAAUGUCAGCUAGCAAGAAGAAGGGCAAGAAGCGAAAAGAAGCUGCUUUCGAAGAUUCUCAGAAGGGCGAGCUGCAAUCAUCGCCCUCAAUAGGGGACUCGUCCGUCCCACGCGGUUCCAGUAAAGUUCCUCGAACCGGACGACCGAACCAGAAGGCCAAAAAAUCCAAGAAGGCCAAGAUGGAUGACAUGAGUGGGGAUGAUUCCGACUCCCGGGACGGCUACUGGGGAACGGAGGAAGAUAAAACAUACAUGAAGCAGCAAGGCGCAGAGGAUGGUGAAUUCGGGGGCUACUCUGGUCAUGCACAAAUGCCCUCGAACUAUGACCCCGACCAUCCACCUGCAGCAGGCCAAUCCUCCGCAAGUGGAAAGCCCGAGACUGAGGAGGAGAAGCGGAAAAACUUUUUGGAACGGAACCGACAGGCCGCUUUGAAAUGUCGACAAAGGAAGAAAGCGUGGCUUGCCAACCUACAGACCAAGGUAGAAUACCUGAGCACGGAGAACGAGAGUCUCCAACUGACGAUCAACCAGCUGCGAGAAGAGAUCGACUCGUUCCGGAGCAUCCUCGUUUCGCACAAGGAUUGUCCGAUCACCGUUGGCGGUGGCCGAGGGGCGUCGACGACGAUUGGCGAGCUCGUCGGCCGUGAGCCUGGCCUGGUCGCUGCCAGUGCCGCUGCCAUCCUUGCUCAGCAACAGCAACAGCAAAACGGCCCCCGUGCUGCCCUCCGUCUUCCCCAAGCCCAGAACUCUAUUCUUCCCUCAACCCAUGUCGCUGGCACUCUUGCUCCUUCUAAUGCCCCUAUGGCCCAAACCCACCACACCUCAUGUGGAACUAUCGCAUCUUCCUAUGGAUACUAA